AUGGCCAGCGCGCGAAAUGUUUACUCGGCAGAGCCUGCAUUCCCGAUCCUUGCCGAUUCUCUACUCCGACAAUCCGAAUUAACGGAAAAUGCAGCUCUUCCAUAUGAGACAAGCGCAAAAAAUGACUGGAACCUCAAGAAUGAGUGGAAGCACGGUAUCCAAUUUCACAACCACGCGGUCUUUCGGGGCGGGGUUGUCCUCGGCUUCUCCAGGCUGCGAACGAGAAGCAACGAAAGCAACGAGUAUAUUGGACAGAUCCCUCGCCAUAUUCUCACAAAUCACCUGCGCAGUAUCCAUUCAUCAUCUGAGCCAAGCGCAUUCAUUAUCCACCCACGGAGUUUCGAGGCUUUUGCUCCAAGGACUCUACUCAGUGCACUGCAGUCUUCUUCACACAGCCAGUCUGGUCUAUCCAGGGAUGAUGCAAUCCGUAGACUUGACUCUGUGCAGUUACUUCCUGUGCAUAACUUCUCCAAUGCGGCACAGGCCAUCGGUAAGGUCUCAGAAGCGUUGCACGAGAUCCAAGAAAACAGAGAAAAGCAAAAUCAGAAAGCCUCUACAGGUGCAGGCCCGUACACUGAAACCCCCAUUAUCCUCAUUGUUGCGGGCCUUGACACUCUAACGGAAGGAGUAAUUCGAGCCUCCAACCCGGCUCGAGGUGCAGCCGUGCUGACAGCUACACUCCGCACUUUGACGCAUUUGUCUCGAGUAUACGACUCUCAUCUCUCAAUCAUUCUUGUCAAUACUAAUGGACUGGGGACGCUGAAUCCAGAGUGGGAUAAAAACCAACCGUCGACCGGAAAUAGUACCGUCCAUGGAGAUAGUGCUGCGAGGCAGCCGCUGGAAGAUGGUAUCCACUCCAUCUUCCAUUCGGAUAUCCCCUCCCUGUUCCCCACCUUGCUCAUGAAGACCCUAGAUCAAGGCAUUGAUACCCAUCUGAUGCUUUCUGAUUUGAGGGGAGCCCAGAUACUCGAAGUGAUCAAAGAUCGAGUUGGUACGAGUCUAGGCAAAUGGGGAAUAUGGAACGAGCAAUAA